AUGUCUCAAGUCGUCACCAUAGAAGAAUACGGGGUGUACACGAUGCUGCCGGCGCAGCAGCUGGCUCCCAUCAGCCCGUGGCCGCCCGACGGAAACCUGCUGGACAGGAUGGACGACCUGGCGCACAAAGAGCACCUUAUCGUUCCAAAAUCUUGUAACCAAAAAAAAGUUAGAGAGACAUCACGUGAUUCAGAACGCGUGAUUAAUUGGAGUAAGCAAUGCUAUGGUGCGGCAGGUCACAGCGGUGUUAACCAGCUCGGCGGGGUGUUUGUAGGAGGCAGGCCGCUGCCGGACUCCACGCGCCAGAAGAUCGUGGAGCUGGCGCACUCGGGCGCGCGGCCCUGCGACAUCAGCCGCAUCCUGCAGGUCUCCAACGGCUGCGUCUCCAAGAUACUCGGCAGGUACUACGAGACGGGUUCCAUCAGGCCGCGCGCUAUCGGCGGCUCCAAGCCGCGGGUGGCGACGGCUGAAGUCGUCAGCAAGAUCGCGCAGUACAAAAGGGAGUGCCCUUCGAUCUUCGCGUGGGAGAUCAGGGAUCGUCUGCUCAGUGAGGGUGUCUGUACAUCGGAUAAUAUACCUAGUGUGAGUAUACUUAAGUUCUUGAAUCCAUUGGUGUUAAAUUAACAGGGUACCUACUUUGUACUAUGUGUUCGUGCUUAAAAUAAAAGUCGCAACGUGUAUGUAUGCUUUUUUAAGGAAAAUAUCAGGCUAUUUUCUGGUCGGCAAUAGUUGUUUGUAAAAAGAAUGGAAAGGUUAAAAUUGUACGAUCUGUAACAAUUUAAAUCUGUUUUGAACAAACAAACAACGUAUUUGACGAUACUUUUAUACAUAUAAAAGAAACACAUACUCUUCAUCAUACUACUCACGUAAAACAGUAUAUGUAGAAAUAAAAACGUUUUUCAAUACAGUUUAUUUAAUAGAUUACAAUCAAUUUACAUAAAUCAAAGCUCACGCAUCUUACGUAUUCAAAUCACAGCCGAAAUAUCGAGAUCAGACUUACACUUCCCAGAAACGCCUUCGAGAAAGUAUGAAAAAUACGAAAGGGCGCCUCGUAAAAUACAAUGGGCGCACACCCCAAGCUACGGACGCUAUAUACAGAAUGCUAUAACGCCUUAUCUUUCCCCGGCACUAUACAGGACUCCCCUCCCCCCACCACUUGGCGGCAAAACAAUAUGACGUUAUAAGUUUUUUUCUUCAUUUUUUUUCCUUUUUUGAAUACGGGGCCGCUCCCUAGCGGGACAUCCUUUAGACGUCGAUACGUCUUCUCGUAUAGAGGCUGUUUUAUGCCAGUGCGAAUACUGCUGAAACAAAAGUGGAAUGAACGCGACUAAAUUUAAAUCAUUUUUGGCACCGGACGGAUAACCCUGGUUUAGCUUGGUUUUUCAGGUUUUGUUCCAAGUGAAAAACUAAUAUUUUUUUACUGCACGCAGUUAUAGCGCCAUACCAUGACCAGGUUCCAAUGAUUUCCUAACGAAUGAAUUCAAAAACUUAAGUGAUUGAAAAAGAUCUUGGGUUAAAAUAUUUACAUAGUAUAAAAUUUAAGAAUCUCUUAUGGUCUGUAGGAAAUUAUAUAAGUCAAAUAAAUAAGUCAGUCUUUACAUAAUUUAUGACUUACUACCUACUAACGAACGUAAU